CUCCGUCCCCACUCCCCUUUCAAUCUUUCCUCCCCUUCACAUUCCCCCAUUCCUUCCUUCCUUCCUUCCUUCCUUCUCUCUCUCUCCCCCGUCUCCCUUCUCCUCUUAAAGGAUUUUAGCAGCCGGGUGGAGGUGGAGCUCGGCGGCAGAGGAUUAGAGGUGGAUGCGUUCAGAGACCGACAGAGAUUUCCCCCACCCCACCGCCGCCCGCCUGCCCGCCCGCCGGCUGGCUCCUCAGUCGUGUGCCGCCGCUUCGAUCGCGAACGCGGCUUCUUGGAAAGCAGCCGAGGAAAGGAGGAGGAGGAGGAGGAGAAGGAUCUGCGCGCCCCAGCCCUUCACCUCCAGCAAGAACCCUGACUCAGAUCCGCGUAGAUCCCUCCCUUCCCUUGGCUUGGUAAAAAAAGGAAGAGAAAGCGAGGCGGCUGAAAAAUCCCCUCCAUUCCGGCCAGCGGGACCGGCUGGAGCCAGACGGCUUCCCUCAGCCGUGGACCAAGCUAAGGAUCUACAGUAGUCUCUCGCCUGCCUCGGUCUUCCAAGAUCCAGCCGGCUUGAAAGCGUACGUACAGGGAUCCAUUGCUUCGCUUCCUGGUUCGAAAGAACCGGGAAUUCCUGGCGGCUGGGAGGAAUUGAGCAGCCGCGGCUCCCGUUGGGGUUCCUCUCAGAUGGUGUGGCAACCCUCCUGGUCGCCAUCUGCUCAGCCUCCAGAUUCCUUCUGGGCUCCUCUGAAUCCUUGAAGCCUUCCGCGAGAGGCGGGAAGUGCAGGGAAAGAAAGGGUCUUUGGAUCUCCGUCGCCUGGAUGUACACGUGUUGCUCCCUUUCUCACAUACAUUCCCGUUCAGUCCUAAUUCUCGGGAAGAGUCCUUCCCCUGCUCAUCAAAGGGUUCUUUUAUCUUCUGGAUCGCUUUUGGAUACUUGGGAACCAACGUUUUAAGAUUAUUUUAAGGCUUCUUUUCCAAAUUCCUGGACAUUCCGGUUCUUGGAAAUCUCUGGACGUACAGAAUUCUUUUUGAGGGGAAAUUACCAAGCAGCAUUAUCCUUCCGGGCUCCUAGAUUCUAAGCGCAAAGCGAUCUGCCCCAUCCGCUGGUUGGAUGUCCCGGCUUUUAACUUAGUCCAGAACAUACAAGUCGGAUCGUGGUACCAAAACCCACUUAGUGUUGCCAUCUUUUCCAUCACGGUUGUUUUUCUAGACUUUUGAACGGCUGGACUUCUCUGAAAUUCUGAAGCUCAGAUUCUGAUUUUCCUCCUGUUUCCUGCUACCUCACUCCUCCAGCAAAGAUGUCUUCAACUCCACCACUGCCAGAAUGGAAGCUCCAGCUGCUGGAGCGUCGGCGAAAGGAGGAAGAGGAGGCUCGGCGGCGGGAACAGGAACAGCAAGACCGCAUGGCUAAGAUGCCGUCUUGGAAACGGGAGAUUAUCGAACGACGCCGGGCCAAACAAGGCUCCAGCACUUCUUUUUCUGAACCCAGCGGACCAGGAGAAACUGAGAGCGGGGCAGCCUCUGUGCUUGCUGCAACGUCAUCCUGCCAAGAGGGGGAGCCAGAGAGCUCUGUGCUGCAGGAGAAGAUUGGCCCAGUCCACCAAAACCCUUUCAUUCAGCUGGAGAAGCGUCGCCAUCAGGAGUCUGUCCCUUCGGAGAGUGAACUUGCUAACGCCAAAGCCAAGCAAAUCGUGGAUCUGUGCGGGCAGAUUCCAGGCGUCCGCACCCUGCGGGCAGACAACGUCAUCAUCAUUGAAACAGCCUCUGGGGCACCACCCGCGCAGCUGGCUAGUGAACGGCCCUCAGGAGAAGCCAAAUCAGGCAGCAUGGAGUCCCUGAAUGAGCUCUUGGCACGCCGUGGGGGCAGCGUGACCGAGAUCCGGGCGGGCGAGGUCUUCAUUGUCAAGUCGGCUUUGAGCCGCAGCGUGGAGGACCUCAAUGCCAUAGGCAGAGCUGAGCAUCGGGCAUCGCUGCCAGAGCAACGCCGAGGGCGGGUGAGCAAACUGCUCAGCCGGUUCAGCCAGGAGGACGGUGGAGGGGUGGCACCAUCACCCCCGGUGAAGUCCCUCAGCACUGAGAAUUUAACUGAAAGCACCUUUGGGGGAAAGAAACCAGUCCACUCUCCAGCAGACCCCAACCUAGCCCGGCCGCACUGGGUCAACAGCCUCCCCAACCCUCCCUGUGACCUUCCAGGACUGACAUCCCCUGGGCCUUGCACUGUGGCAUCUUUCCGAAGCCAGUUUGAGGCUAAAUCAAGCAGUGGGGAGGGCUGGCCAGAUAGUCCUCCAAGGCGCUCGCCAACUGGAAAAAGGUGGGGAAGGGAGGCUACGUCCCCAGACAGAGGGCCCAGGGCAGAGAGCAGUGACUUGGAGGCAGCAGUGGACCUCCAUCCAGCCGAGGACGAUGUCCAGGGCAAAGCCUUGGCCAACUUGCGUCUCCACUCCCGGAACUCCUUCAUGGUUGUGCCACUGCGAGCUUCGGCCUCCCCUCCCCCAGAACCCAAGCAGGAAGCCAGCCCUUCUCCUCCUGCAGUCAAGCCCCCAGUCCCCACUUCCUGCUCUUCACCCAGCUGUGAACAACUUCUCCCGGACGUCGAGGAGCCGCCUGAGGCCGAGGCCAUGAGACGCAGUGGCAACAGCAAAGUUAAGGAGGAUGUCAGGAUGGGAAGCCUGGGCCGGGCCUCAUCCCCCCAUCCGGCAAUGCAGCGUCGCAGUGGCAACACCAUCACGAUCAAUCCUCGGAAGCCCUCGGUGUCACCUGUCACGGCCAUGGAGAAUGGCAUUGGGAGCACUCCGCCGGUAGCCGAGGUGCCCAUGAAGAAGCGCUACCCCACAGUGGAGGAGAUCCAGGUGAUUGGGGGCUACCUCUCCCUGCAGCGAUCGUGUCUGGCAAAGAACGACCGACAUCGGAAAAAGCUUAAGAUUUCAUUCAGUGAGAACCAGCUGGAGAGGACUUUCCAAUACCCAUCAGAGAGUUCCCUGCUGGAGGAGUUUGGGCCCCCAGAAGAGUCAGAGACUUUGGUUAGCACAAACCCCCCCGGUGAUGAGGAAGAAGAAGAGGAGGAGUUGCUGCUGCUUCAUCGUGGCCUCCCUGGCCUGCUCAGGACCAAACCACUUAUUGUGGAUGAGUCCUGUCGGCGAUAGCUUAUCGUACUUUCCCAGUGCAGGAAAAGGUGGGAUCUAUUUGAAGAUUCACGCCGUGUUGCAAAUCCUUUGGCUGGACCUUGAAUCUCUUUCUGUCUUCCAGUGACUGACACGCCAAGGAAAAGAAACAGGGACCAAUAAAGACUGAUCAACCUUUUCCUCAAGCUCUGAAUAUGUUUCUUCUUUCAGGAGUUACAUAGAAUCUUCACCCUUGAUGUGGCUCUCUUCUCCCUUCUGCGUUGACCCUGAAAACAGGACCUCACCGCUUAGGAAAAACUAUCCCACAUCUAGAGAGCUCCAAACGGUGUGAAACACGGUCCAGUCUAGAGGGGAAUCUCAACCAGUGCUUUUCCUGAGGCUCCUGUCUGCCAAAAAGGAGCCUGCGGAGAUGUUUUAAAACUGUUAGUGAGGAAAGAACAUUGGACCUUCGGACAACAAGGGCUAAUGUUACCAACCUAUUUGACUUCCUACCAUCAACCACACAGCAUUUGAAACCUUCAGCUCGGGGCUGAGGGACAUUGAUGUAACUUUGUCUGGUUGUUGUUGUUUUUUGUUUUUGUUUUUUUGCUUUUUUGAUAAAGUAUCUUGUCUGUUGGGAUGUUUAAAGGAAAGCAAAGCAAAGCACCAUUUUGACGAGCUGCCACAUGGGCUUCGGGAGACCGGGAAAGGUUGGCACGCUGCUUAUCAGUAUUCGGGGGGGAGGGGGGCCAUUCAAGAGAAGGGCAAUUCAACAUAGCAUGGCUCUAGGUGUGAGUAAUAUGGCAUGUAACUGGGCAAUGGGGACGGGCCUCUCUGUGUUUUAAAAGACGAGCACUUAGUAAGGCAUGGAACUCAGCAAUUAGGGAAAAGCUAUCUCUGCACAGGGGCAGAGACUGUUGUUCUUUGUGGGGGCAUUUUGUGAGUUUUCUCUCUCUUGAGUUCAAGCCGAGGCAGUCUUGUCGGACCGCCAGGCUAGAGGACGGAAGCGAACCAGUGGGGAGGCAGGGGGUGUGGAGUGGGCAAACAAAGCAGAAUCAGGAGAAAAGGACAGCUUCCGGUUUUCGUCGUAUCCAUUUCCUGUUUAGGAUUCACAGCUCGUAUGGACUUAGAUGGGUGGACGUGAAGUGAAGGGAAGAGACCCUUGAAUGUUAGAAAAUGAAGUGAUGCUUUCAGGGGCGGACGCAGGGGAGGGUCAAAAAUGGCGGCCGCAACGACAGAAUCCAAGUCCACACUGUCCCUUCAAUUGCACAGCUGUGGCUGCCAAAUUGACCUUUUUUCACCCACCCACCCCCAAUGCCUCUGGAUUCUUUGGCCAAAAAAAAUGUAUUAUUACUAGUAGCAAUAGUACUAGUAAUAUUAUUAUUUUACAAUCCAUUCUGAUGAGUACUUGCCAUUCUGCACUGCAUGGUAUUUUUAGCUAGGAUAAAGUCUUAGCUUAGCAAGGCUAAGGUACGUUUGUCUGAAGAUGUUAACCUGGCUUCUUCUGUGGGCCACCUGAACAUCUGAGCUCCACUGCUCAGCUUGCAUAGGUUGAUAAAGACGGGUUUGUUGUUGAUGGGAAGAAGAAGGAUCUUCUGCCAGUUUGUC